UUCCGUGCGGUACCUGAACGCCGCUUGAAGCAGAGGACCGUUCCGGAGCGGAUCCACACAGACACAACAAGGCUCCACACGGGAACAAGACCUUGUUGCCACCCUAAUUGAACGCUGAGCACGUGCCGCCGACUGUCUGACGGAACCAUGACGGCCAUCAACGCACCUCGAGACAAAUACAAUGCAGUAUGGAUCAUUUUCUUCAUCCUGGGCUUGGGAACCCUCCUACCGUGGAAUUUCUUCAUGACGGCAACAAUGUACUUCACCGAAAGACUGAAGGACUCGCCCUCCGACGUCUUGACCAAUCAGACGGCCAACGCGACCUCACAGGAUGGAGACACUCGCAGUGUGCUGGAGUCAAAGUUUAACAACGUGAUGACGCUGUGUGCCAUGGUGCCUCUGCUCAUUUUCACCUGCCUCAACUCCUUCAUACAUCAGAGGAUUCCUCAGAAGCUGCGAAUUUCAGGCAGCUUGACGGUCAUCUUUGUGGUUUUCCUGCUGACAGCGGUGAUCGUUAAAGUGGACAUGGCCCCUCUGCCCUUCUUCACCCUCACUAUGAUCAAAAUCGUCUGCAUCAACUCGUUCGGAGCGAUCCUUCAGGGCAGUCUGUUCGGGCUGGCAGGGAUUCUACCUGCCUCCUACACCACUCCCAUCAUGAGCGGACAGGGGCUGGCCGGCGCCUUCGCUGCUUUCUCCAUGAUCUGCGCACUGGCCUCUGGAUCCAAACUGCAGGACAGUGCUUUUGGUUACUUCAUCACAGCCUGUGUUGUUAUUCUCAUGGCCAUAGGUUCCUACAUCGCUCUGCCCAAGAUGGAGUUCUUCCAGUACUACAUGGAGAGUAAUAGAUCCAGACCAUCUGCUGAUGAGGAGAACAAGAUGGACUUACUCAAAAAAGAAAGUCCAGAGAAGCGACCAGUGGUAAAUCUGAUGGAGGAUGAGACCAAGCCCAGCGUGUCUGUGUUUAACAUCUUUAAACAGAUCUGGGUGAUGGCUUUGUCAGUGUGCUUCAUCUUCACCGUCACCAUUGGAACUUUCCCAGCCGUGACCGUCGACGUCAAGUCGACAGUAGCAAAUGGAGGCGCCUGGGAUAUUUACUUCAUCCCUGUGUCGUGUUUCCUCCUCUUCAACAUGAUGGACUGGGCUGGCAGGAGUCUGACGGCCGUCUGCAUGUGGCCGGGUAAAGACAGCAUCUGGCUUCCCGUCCUGGUGGGCCUGCGGGUCGUCUUCAUCCCUCUCUUCAUGCUAUGCAACGUUCAGCCUCGUAACUACCUCCCCGUGCUGUUCCAUCACGACGCCUGGUACAUCGUCUUCAUGAUCUUCUUCUCCUUCUCCAACGGGUACCUGGCCAGCCUCUGCAUGUGCUUCGGCCCCAAGAAGGUGGCGCAGCACGAGGCAGAGACUGCAGGAGCCAUCAUGGCCUUCUUCCUGUCCCUCGGCUUGGCGCUCGGCGCUGCAGUCUCCUUCGCUUUCCGGGCCAUCGUCUAAAGUGUCCAGUAGAACCUUCAGUAGAUGUAGAUUUGACCACCACACCCUCCAACACCUCCCCUGUCGUAUAUGGGAGAAGCUUUCAACACCUGAGAGGAGACGGCACAGCAGACUAGAAGACUAGAGAGUCUUCCACAGCAGAGACUCAUCCAGCCGACAGAAGCUGAAAUAUGUUACUGAAUAUUUUUAUUUCCUCCAAACUCAGCAGCACAAGGCCUACACUUGUGUUUAUGCGGGACGUUUACUAAUCGAUAGCGCUGAUCAAACAGCUUGUACAAAUCAAAACCAAAAGUGUUUAAAAUCAGUAGUGGACUCGUCACAGAAGAGAGCAGGAGGCGUGUUGACCAUCGUCUCCAUGGCAACGAAGACGACCUUUACACCAGUAUCCUACAGCCUCGUCUCUAAAAUGGUCUUUUUCACAAAAUUCUAAAAACUAAUGACGUUAGAGCGCAUAACGCUUUCAUCACUAAACUCUGGAACAAUCACAUUCUUAGAAAUCACAUAAACCAGUCUGAUGGUGUGUAAAUAGUCUUAAACAGGUUUUUAUAAACGUGGCUUUUAGACGCUGCCUCGUGACUCGUCCUCACUACUCAGUACAUUUAAUUGGAAAGCUGUGAUCCUCAAGUUUGUUUGUAUUUUUUUUGAUGACGUUUGCACAUCAGACAUGAAACGUGACUGCUUACAUCACUCUGGACUGUCGCAGCUUUUUAAUCUGAUCAAGCCAAAUACACAAAGACAACACGGGAAAAUGAUGAACUUUGAAGGGAAGUCAUGACCCAUCAGACGGCUAACGAACCGCUCCGCUCUGCUUUCAGUGUUCUCAUCCGGGUCACUUGUGUUUUUAACCCUCUUUGUAACAAGAAUGUGAGGACGGACCGAACCCUGAAGACGAGGUUUUAAUGGGUAAACUGGGCGCUGACUGUCUGGAAACCUUCCUGCUGAAUCGUCACCGUCUUAGCGAGCGUCUGUAGUUUUAGUCGUUAGCAGCCUGGUUCUGUUGGGUUCGUCUGAAAACAUCCUCUUCUGCUUCAGUUGGACUUAAACAUUAGUCACAUGUGAAGUGUUUUCUUUUACUGUGUCUUCCUGAUAAAACACAAAAGAUUUUGCCACCGUGUAUUUCAAACGCAACGUAAAUAUGCAAAAGAAUAUGCAGCUGUCAGUGAUGUGAUAUGAAAUGUGCCAUUGUAAGUGAGUGAGUGAGUUUUUUAAAUCUCAUUCUUAAGAAAGCAUUUCUCAUUUAAUGUGUUCUCAUGAAAGACAAGUUUUAUACCAGGACUAGUUUUUAGUGUUUUUGAGCUCUGACUUUGGGAUAAAAGGCCUGUCAGUGUUAUAUUUUUGUGUAUCGCAUUAUUGUGGCCUUUUGAUGCUGUUUAUUUUUUAAAGUCUGCUUUAAAUGUACACAUUUUUCAUACUACCAGCUGUCUACAUCCUAACAGCCUGCUUGUUUAAAAGCACAACGUUGGUCCCUCCUUCUGUACUUUUUGUUUUGGUUGUUAUGGGACAUAGACCAUUAAAAUGUUACUUAAAUUUCAACCUAAAACAGUUCUGUGAUAAAAAAUAAAUGUGUAUUUUUAAGAG